AUGAGUGAUAAUUGCGGUUGUGGUAGAUAUGGAUGCACAUGUGUCGAUUAUAGUAUUGACAAUGUCACAGCAUCCAAUGACGAUUUUAUUUUACGAAUGAGACACUUGAAAUGCCGGGUAACUCGUCUGGUUCGCAAUCAAAUGAGAAAGAGUAUGUCAGAAUCACGUGAGACUAAUUAUUCAAGUUACCCCGCAAGCAGUAAGUCAUCGUCAAAGUCAGUAAAUAAUAAGGGAACUCAGUUGUCAUCCUCGUCCUCCAUAAAUCUACAUGGAAAUAAAUUAAUAGACCAUACAAAUACCCGACAACUAACUACAACUUCACAGGAAUAUACAACAGACUCUUCAAUACGUAAUUAUUCAACUUCAUCGGUGGAAGAAUCAAAACCCGCAGUUGUUCCUACACAACAGACAAAUCGUAAACAGCCAAUAGGUCAUUCAACUGUAAUUAAUCCCCCAGUUUCAACUCGAAUAAGUCGUGGCUCAGAUGUACAGAAAUCAUAUGUUCCUCACGAUAUUGAUGUAAUUCAUCCAGCAGCCAAAAUACUACCAAUACCAUCACCCACGACACAAUCUGUUGCAGUAGAAACACUUGCAAAUAUGUCUGAUUUAACAGAAUAUACUCCAUCAAAUUUCUAUCGGCACGAUAAUACGAUGGUGGAUUCUUCAACUCAAGCUACAACUCAAGUGACUACUUCAACUCAAGCAACAGAUUCAAUAAACAGAGCUACGUCUACUGCUAAAAUUCAAACAGACCUAAUAACAUCGACAACAACGACGAGAAAUACAACAACAUUUAUCGGAAUUAUUUAUGAUGGACUAAUAAGUAUUACAAGUUUUCUUUAUAGAAUUAAAAAAAUGAUUUUUAUGAUAUUGUUGAUGGGUUUGCUUCUGUGGGCGGCUGUGAUAUACGGAGCAAUACUCGGUGCAGCAAUUUGUACCAAAACCGGUGGAUAUCCUUUAUUUCAGAUCACAUUACCACCUUCCAAACCUGUUUUUUUCUAA